AUGAGUGUUAAAGAAGAAAACUCAGCAAACUCUAAGGAGCUUUUCCUAAAGAUUGGUUUGGAUGAGAAAACCGCAACCGACAUCAUCCGUUUCAAAGAUAAAGCAUCUGAUCUCACCGACAUCAUCUACGAGGCUGGUGUGUCUGAUGGGUGUGAAAAAACUACUGGGGAUCUACUUUACUCUGUUGCAAAUGGGUUUCCUAAAGAUGCUCUUGUGCAUCGUUCAGAGUUGAUCAAAUACAUCAUGUCCUCUAAGGUAUUUAUCAUCUUAUCAGCACAGAUCGAAGCUGCAUUUAAAUAUUUUAAGAAUCUUGAGUCUAAUGACUUCAACGUCAACGAAUUUGAAGAAGUAUGUGGUGUUGGGGUUGAUGUUUCAGCUGAAGAUAUUGAGAAAACUGUUUCUGACAUCAUUGAAGAGAACAAGAACACAAUAUUGCAGAACCGUUACCGAGAAGCUCGUAAAUUAUUGGGAGAUGUCCGGAAAAAGUUGCCAUGGGUAGAUCCUAAGAUUAUAAUUAAAGUCAUAGGUGAAAAAUUGUGUGAAGUGCUUGGUGAGAAGACAGCAGCUGAUAAUGAGAAACCAGCAAAAAAGAAGGAGAAAAAAGAGAAGCCUGCUUCAGAGCCAUCUGAAGAGGAGCUUAAUCCAUAUUCUAUAUUCCCUCAGCCAGAACAUAACAAAAGGGUUCACACAGAGGUGCCUUUCAGUGACGGCUCUGUUCUCAGGUAUAGCAAUACUAGAGAACUUCUUGAUAAGCAUUUGAAGGAGACUGGAGGAAAUGUUUACACCCGCUUCCCCCCUGAACCGAAUGGGUAUCUUCAUAUCGGACAUGCUAAGGCUAUGUUUGUAAAUUUUGGUCUUGCAAAGGAGCGAGGUGGUUGUUGUUAUCUACGGUUUGACGACACGAACCCUGAUGCAGAAAGAAGAGAGUAUAUUGAUCACAUUGAAGAAAUUGUUAAGUGGAUGGGUUGGGAACCCUUUAAGAUUACAUACACUAGUGAUUAUUUCCAAGAGUUGUAUGAAUUUGCAGUGAAGUUGAUCGAGAGCGGCCACGCAUAUGUUGAUCACCAGACUAAAGAAGAGAUCAAAGAGUACAGGGAGAAGAAACUGAACAGCCCUUGGAGAGACAGGCCUAUAGAAGAAUCUUUGAAACUCUUUGAAGAAAUGAAACGUGGAAACAUGAAAGAAGAGGAGGCUACCCUAAGAAUGAAAAUGGAUAUGCAGAAUGAUAAUUGUAAUAUGUAUGACCUUAUUGCAUAUCGUAUAAAGCUUACGCCUCAUCCGCAUGCUGGUGACAAAUGGUUUAUCUACCCAAGUUAUGAUUAUGCUCAUUGCAUUGUUGAUUCUCUUGAGAACAUAACACAUUCACUCUGUACACUCGAAUUUGAAACUCGUCGUGCUUCUUACUACUGGCUGUUACAUUCUUUGGGACUCUACAUGCCCCAUGUGUGGGAAUAUUAACGGUUGAAUAUAACCAACACUGUGAUGUCAAAGCGUAAGUUGCAUCACAUUGUGAGAGACAAUCAUGUGAAUGGUUGGGAUGAUCCGCGUCUGAUGACACUUGCUGGUUUAAGACGGAGGGGUGUGACGCCAACCGCGAUCAAUGCUUUUAUACGAGGACUUGGCAUUACUAGAAGUGAUGCUAGUAUGAUAAAUGUGGAUCGUCUUGAGUUUCAUAUUAAAGAGGAGUUAGGUAAAACCGCUCCCCGAACCAUGGUGGUGAUUAAUCCUCUUAAGGUGGUCAUCACCAAUAUGGAAUCAGAUAAAGUCAUAGAGUUUGAUGCACAAAGGUGGUACGAUGGUCGUGACGACCCCUCAGUGUUUUACAAGGUUCCUUUCUCUAGAGUUGUAUACAUUGAACGAGAUGAUUUCCGAAUGGUGGAUUCAAAAGAUUACUAUGGGCUUGCCCCUGGUAAAACAGUUCAACUAAAAUAUGCUUACCCUAUCAAAUGCAUUGGUGUUGUUCGUGCUGUUUACAAUGAAACUAUUGUUGAGGUCCACGCAGAGUAUGUUCGUGCUGACGAAUCCACGCAGAAGAAACUAAAGGGAUGUUUACAUUGGGUUGCUGAACCUUCCCCUGGAAAAGAGCCAUUGAAAGUCGAAAUUCGCCUUUUCGAUAAACUUUUUAACUCGCAGAACCCAUCAGAACUAGAGAAUUGGCUCGACGACAUCAACACAAACUCCAGAAAGGUUGUUUCAAAUGCUUUUGCUGUACCAACCCUUAAAGAAGCUGUCCUUGGGGACAAAUUCCAGUUCGAGAGGAAAGGUUAUUUUGCUGUUGACAAAGAUUCUACACCGGACAAGCUAGUGUUCAACCGAACAGUCGAAAUGAAUAAGAGCUCCAGUAAAGCUCGCACACCCCCGGUCUAG